GCUAUCGCUGCUGGCAUGCCAGCUCAGCCAUGGGGCUGCGUGUACCCAGAUAAGUGCGAGCUUUCUGCUUUUGCCCUUCUGCCUGCCCUUGGGACUGCAGGAGAGGCUGGAGAUCGCCUGCAAGCAAGGAUACCAUUCCUGCGUGUCUGCUUACCUGCUGUGGCAUCACCAAGAGCUGAGGAUAGCUGGGCUGGAGAUGCUGUUCCCUUGCUUGGAACAGGGAGGACCCUCUCAAGGGCACUCUGGGGCUGUUGGGCAACAGAUGUGACCUGUUGGAGGAGGAAUGGGCUCCAAAGCCAAGGUCGUUGCAGGUCUCCUGGCAGCCACCUGCAUCUUCAGCAUCAUUGCCCUCAUUCUGAGCGUGGUGAACGUGAAGGACGCAUUUCUGCCCCCCAGCACCAAGCUCUCUACAUCUACCGGUGGCCUGCGGACAAGGAGAACGGCACUGGCAUCGUCUCCCAGGUGGAAGCCUGCACCGUGUCCGGUCCCGGCAUCUCCAGCUACGCAGACGACCCCACUGGGGCUGGAGCCAGCCUGAAGCCCUGCCUGGACAAGGCCAUGAAGAUCAUCCCGGCAAAGCAGCAGCCGGAGACGCCCACCUACCUGGGGGCCACAGCGGGCAUGCGGCUGCUGAGGGCGCAGAACAGCACCAAGGCCGAGCAGGUCUUUGCUGAGGUUGCCAAGGUCAUUGGCGAGUACCCUGUGGACUUCCGCGGAGCUCAGAUCCUGACGGGCAACGAGGAGGGCUCCUUUGGUUGGGUCACCGUCAACUACCUUCUGGAGACCCUCGUCAAGUUUUCAUUUUCAGAGAAAUGGGAACAUCCACAAGACACCGAGGUUCUUGGAGCUCUGGACCUUGGAGGUGCUUCAACACAAAUAACCUUCCAGCCUGGAGUCACCAUUGAGGACAAGAACACCUCCGUCUUCUUCAGGCUCUAUGGUACCAACUACUCGCUGUACACUCACAGCUACCUCUGCUAUGGGCAGACACAGGCCCUGAAGAUGCUGCUGGCAGCUCUCCACCAGGGCAGCCCGUCCCCCCAGCAGAUAUCACACCCCUGCUAUCCCAAGGGGUACCAGGAGAACACCACCACGGCAGAGCUCUACGACAGUCCCUGUGUCCGUGCACCGAGCACACCCAGCCCUGCGCAGGUCCUCACGGUGACGGGGACGGGCGACCCAGCAGCGUGCAGCUCGGCCAUCCAGAAACUCUUCAACUUCAGCUGCGGGGCCAAAAGGACGUGUGGGUUCAACGGGGUUUAUCAGCCGCCCGUGCGGGGCCAAUUCUUUGCCUUUGCUGGGUUUUACUACACCUUCCACUUCCUGAACCUGACCAGCCAGCGCUCUCUAAGUGAUGUCAACUCCACAGUCCAGACCUUCUGCAAGAAGAACUGGACGGAGCUGGUGGAGACCUUCCCACAGGACAAGAAGUACCUACAAACGUACUGCUCCACAGCGAUUUACAUCUUGACGCUGCUGCUUGAUGGUUACAAAUUCAAUGAGCACACGUGGAGCAGCAUCCACUUCAGCCAGCAGGCAGCAAACACGGACAUCGGAUGGACACUAGGCUUCAUGCUGAACUUCACCAACAUGAUCCCCACAGAGGCUCUGGAGCUUGUCAAGGGGCACCAGCCCAGCCUGUGGGCAGGUGCCAUCUCCCUCAUUGUGCUGGCCAUAGUGGCAGGCCUGGUGGCUGCUUUCCUCCAGUGUUUCUGGAAAACCAAGUAGCUGCGACCCUCCUGACCAGAUGCAUCCUGCCCGCUAAACCAGACAGGGAAGUGGUGCAAAAGAAGGUGGAAGGGUGAGAAGAAUGAGGGCAUUAUUCUCAUCUCCAUUGCUCAGGAAGAUGAAUUGGGUCACUCUGGAAAGAUGUCAAAGGUGACAAAGAUAUCUUGAGCUCUUCUAGUACCUCCAAGAGGAUAAGACUCCAGAAAAAACAUUAAUAUGGCUGAAAAGCUGACCAAGCCUUGGUGGCUGGAUGACGCCGGAUAAACACAAAGUAGAAAUAAAACCUUCUUUGGUUUUCAAAUACCAAAGUCACCACCCAGCCCAGUGCAGCUGCCUUGGCACUCCCAGUCCCACUGGGCUGCUCUCCCAACAAGGUGUGGGAAGCAACAGGUGAUGGAGAGUAGUGGUGGCCACCUAAGCUCUGAGGAGAAGGGUGACCUUAUCUGUGUCUUGCCCUAGGCAAGAAUCCUGUAGUCUGUGAUGGAAUACCUCCCCCAAGACACUGCCGGAUGCCUUUAAAAGUAUUUUCUGUCACAUGCCAGCAGAAAAAACAUGAUUUAAGAGCUGCCAACUCUGGCUCAGGGUUUAUUUUGUGUUCAAGUUACAUAGCCCAGCUUUGUUAGACACCAAAUCUAUAGCAGGUUCCAGCUCCAGGCCCUUGAGGGGUUUAUUUAGCUCAGCAGAGCCCAGCACACCUCUGCAGGAACCCGGCUGUCAUUACAGUCCCUCCAGCUCCAGCCCCACGCUGCCCAGCCAGCCCUCUCCCAGCCCUUCCAGGGCUCCACCAGACCCACGGCUGUUUCCACCUCGCCUCUGUGCUGCAAGGCUCCUGGUCAUGCAGCAUGAAGGACUUAAACAUCCAGGCAGGACUUAAGGGCUUGAGGAAAGACCCAAAGGCACCUGGGAUGAGGAAUGCUCAGAGUCCCUCGGUUCUGAUGGAUCCAUUUGCUGUGGAGGAUGACAUAGGCUGGUCCUAACCCAAGGUGUUAUCCCCUGUCCCCACUGCAAACUGGUUGCAGAAGCCUCCCCAAAGAGCAGCAGCUUUCUGAGGUGGAGAGAAGGAUAGGUGGCCCUAUGGCCUGGGGAUCUGGGCUCUGUCUCCUGCUCACAGUCAGCUAUCCUUGACUUCAUUACAGUGAGGCUCAGCCUGAACUUGAGCAACAAGAGAGAGAGGGUGAAGACCUCUAUCCAGCGGAACCUCUUCCCACCCAGCACUCUGAACCCCUGAGGUCUAAGCUGCCACAUGGACAUUUCCCAUAGCCAAACUCCCUUUUCUCUCUGCCCUACAUGGGCACAUCUUUGGCAGCGUAAGCACAGAGGUAAAGAUGCCAGGCCUGGAACAGGCUGUGGAAACUGCUGUUGGACUGCUGGAAUGGCUGCCAUAGGAUCUGUGAGUGGACAUCUCCUGUCCAGGUUCAGCAGAGCUUCAGGCUGCACUGGCUGUGGCCCAAAUGUGCUGGAACUGGUGUCUCCCACUCCUGGAGUCUGUAGUCAGGCAGGAAAAGGCUCCUGUUUGCUAUAG